UGGAAUAUUUUCCUGCAAACGAGCUGACUGUGCAGACACAAGGAUGUCCUGGCCGGCCCUCUACACUCAGCUAGUGGGUGCCAACCGCCACUCCACCAGCCUGGGUAAAAUCUGGCUCUCGGUGCUCUUUAUUUUCCGUGUCAUGGUGCUGGUUGUUGCUGCUGAGAGCGUCUGGGGGGACGAGCAGUCUGACUUCACCUGUAACACACUACAGCCUGGCUGUGAAAACGUCUGCUACGAUCAGUUCUUCCCCGUCUCACACAUCCGUCUCUGGUGUCUCCAGCUUCUCUUCGUCUCCACACCCACACUGUUGGUAGCGAUGUAUGUGGCGUACAGGAACCACAGAGACAAGAAGAGGCUCCUACAGAGUUCUGGUCGAGCGGGUUUUCUCACUAAUAAAGGACAAGAGGAAGAAUUGGAAACCCUGAAGAGACGGAGACUCCCAAUAGCUGGCGCCCUCUGGUGGACAUACGCCUGCAGCCUCAUCUUCAGACUGCUGUUUGAGGGAGGCUUCAUGUACGCCCUGUACGUUGUGUAUGAUGGUUUUCACAUGCCCAGGCUGGUGCAGUGCGAUCAGUGGCCUUGUCCCAACCUGGUGGACUGUUUCAUCUCACGUCCCACCGAGAAAACCAUCUUCACCGUCUUUAUGGCCACUGCCUCUUCUAUCUGCAUGGUCCUAAAUAUGGCUGAACUGGCCUAUAUUGUCGCCAAAGCUGUCACUAGGAGACUCAGAGGUCAAACGGAGAGGAAAACCAACAAGUCCAGCAGAGAGAGGACGCAGAACAAGACAAAGCACAUGUUACUCGUCUCAACCUGA